GGAACGGAGCCAGGGCCGGGAACCCCACUCUGCGCCCAACACGACGAGCGCCUCAAGCUCUUCUGUGAGGAGGACGAGGAAGCCAUCUGCGUGGUGUGCCGGGAGUCCCUGCACCACCGCUCGCACACCGUCUACCCCAUCGAGGAGGCUGCGCAGGUGUACAAGGUCAAACUCCAGAAAUCCCUGGAGCAUCUUUCGAAGGAAGUGGAGGAUGUGAAGAAACGUGAGUCAGCAGAAAGGAUGAAAACCCAGGAGUGCAAGGAGACGGUGAAGAAAAAGCGGGAGAAGAUUGUGAGCGAGUUCGGGAAGCUGCAUCGGCUGCUGGCUGAUGAGGAGAAGCUGCUGCUCCAGAAGCUGGAGGAGGAGGAGAAGCGGAUUCUGCUGAUGAUCAAUGAAAACCUGGCCAGGCUGGUGGAGCAGAAGUCAUUGCUGGAGGAGCUGAUUCUGGAGAUAAAGGAGAAGACCCAGCAGCCGGCUGAUGGGCUACUCAAGGACAUGAAAAACAUCCUGAGCAGGUGUGAGGGGGUAAAGUUCCAGUCCCCCAAGGCUGUGUCCGUGACCCUCAAGGAAAACUACAGCAUCCCUGAGCGCUGCCUGGGCAUGAGGGACAUGCUGAAGAAGUUCAAAGUGGACGUGACUCUGGACCCUGAGACAGCACACCCUGAGCUCACCCUGUCCGAGGACCGCAAGAGCGUGCGGCGUGGGAGCAAGAAGCUGCUUCUGUCCCUCUUCGACAUCCCUAAGAGGUUCGGCACCACGCCGGUGGUGCUGGGGAGUCAGGUCUUCUUCUCAGGCCGCUGCUACUGGGAGGUGCAAGUGGGAGACAAGCCUGAGUGGGGCUUGGGGCUGUGCAGGGAGUCUGCCAGCAGGAAAGGCAACAUCCUCUUCUCCCCAAACAAUGGCUACUGGGUGCUGUGGCUGCAAAAUGGGGGCAACUAUGAGGCCCUCACCUCACCCAUCUCCCCUCUGACCCUGAGCGUGAGACCUCGGCGCAUCGGGAUCUUCCUGGACUAUGAAGCAGGAGAAAUCUCCUUUUACAAUGUGAGCGACCGCUCCCAUAUUUACACCUUCACCGACAAGUUUUCGGGGAACCUCCGGCCUCUCUUCUUCCUGGGUGGCUUUUUGGGGGGCAGAAAUACAGAGCCCUUGGUGAUCUCCUGGGUCAGGGACACGCAGGGGUCUGGGUGCAUUGUCCUCUGA